CAGUCGGGUCGCGGCCGAGGCCGGCCCUGGCUUUGUAGCUCUCUCAAGAUGGCGGCGCAGUCACCCAGCGGGAUCCGCCUCAGCGCGCUUUGCCCGAAGUUUUUACAUACAAAUUCUACUAGUCAUACUUGGCCAUUCAGUGCAGUUGCUGAAUUAAUAGAUAAUGCUUAUGAUCCUGAUGUGAAUGCUAAACAGAUCUGGAUUGAUAAGACAGUGAUCAGUGACCGCAUAUGCUUGACUUUCACUGACAAUGGGAACGGAAUGACCACAGAUAAGUUACACAAAAUGCUAAGCUUUGGCUUCAGUGACAAAGUCACCAUGAAUGGUCAUGUCCCGGUUGGAUUGUACGGGAAUGGCUUCAAGUCUGGUUCUAUGAGACUGGGCAAAGAUGCAAUAGUUUUUACCAAAAACGGAGAAACCAUGAGUGUGGGGUUCUUGUCUCAGACCUACCUGGAAGUCAUAAAGGCGGAGCACGUUGUUGUCCCUAUCGUCACAUUCAACAAACACCGUCAGAUGAUUAAUUUAGCAGAAUCAAAAGCAAGCCUAGCAGCAAUUCUGGAACAUUCCCUGUUUUCUACGGAACAGAAAUUACUGGCAGAACUUGAUGCUAUUAUGGGUAAGAAGGGGACAAGGAUCAUCAUUUGGAAUCUUAGAAGUUACAAAAACGCAACCGAAUUUGACUUUGAAAAGGAUAAGUAUGACAUCAGAAUCCCCGAGGACUUAGAUGAGACUGCGGGAAAGAAAGGGUACAAGAAGCAAGAACGGACAGACCAGAUCGCCCCCGAGAGUGACUACUCCUUACGGGCUUACUGCAGUAUUCUUUACCUAAAGCCAAGAAUGCAGAUCAUUCUACGAGGUCAAAAAGUGAAGACACAGCUAGUCUCCAAGAGUCUCGCCUACAUUGAACGGGAUGUGUACCGACCUAAAUUUUUAACUAGAACAGUGAGAAUCACUUUUGGAUUCAACUGCAGAAAUAAAGAGCACUAUGGAAUAAUGAUGUAUCACAAAAAUAGACUCAUCAAGGCUUAUGAAAAAGUGGGAUGUCAGUUAAAGGCAAACAACAUGGGUGUUGGAGUGGUUGGAAUUAUAGAAUGUAAUUUCCUUAAGCCAACUCAUAAUAAGCAAGAUUUUGACUACACUAAUGAGUACAGGCUUACAAUACUAGCAUUAGGAGAAAAGCUGAAUGAUUACUGGAAUGAAAUGAAAGUGAAAAAGAAUGCAGAGUGUCCCCUCAGUCUGCCCGUGGAGGACAUACAGAAGCGCCCUGAUCAAACAUGGGUUCAGUGUGAUGCUUGUCUAAAGUGGCGAAAACUACCUGAUGGCAUAGAUCAACUCCCAGAAAAAUGGUAUUGCUACAACAAUCCCGACCCACAGUUCAGAAAUUGUGAAGUUCCAGAAGAACCUGAAGAUGAGGAUUUGGUACAUCCCACUUAUGAAAAAACCUACAAAAAGACCAAGGAGAAAUACAGGAUCAGACAGCCGGAAAUGAUCCCUCGGAUCAACCCUGAGUUACUGUAUGCAGCAAGUGUUCCCAGUCGGAGCUUUUCCCCUGUGAAGGAGGGUGUUCCAAGACCACAUCUUCCCGAGGCCGGGGGUGCUUUCACAGCAAGGCUUCUAAGUAACCACAUUGCUUCGCCUCCGUCUGAACCUGAGAGCAACAGCCUGAAACGGAGGCUGCCCACUCGUUCCUCGUUUCUGAACGCAAAGACUCAGAGAUUAAGCAGUGCUCCAUUUGAAAACGCAUCUUACAAAAAUGACGAUGAUGAAGAUGUCAUCAUUUUAGAAGAAAACAGCACCCCCAAACCUGCAGUCGACCACGACAUUGAAAUGAAGACAGAACAGGGUCACACGGAACAAAAACCGAGCGGUGUUCAGGUUGAACUUGGCAGUCCCGAACCCUGUGCGAAGGCCGGUUCGGCAAGCUUGGGCGCCUGCUUGGGUGACCAAGCCACUGCUGCCUCCACGCAGACUGAAACCCCGGGGUUAAUGGUUAAGAAGGAGGAGAGCGUUGAAAGCGAGGUGGGCGCAGCGAGUGACAGGGUGGCACUGGCCUCCUGUGUAAGUGCCGAGGCAAAGGCGCAGGAGCCCUUGGAUAGGUCCUCAGAGGGCGCCGGCCUCCAGUUACAGGGACUGAGAAGGGAGCUGCUCGCAGUCACGCAGGAAAGAGAUGAUUACAAGAGGCAGUGUCACAUGUACACUGACCAGAUAAGAGUCUUACAGCAGAGGAUACUGGAGAUGAACGGCAAGUGUGUGAAGAAGGAAGCCUGCCCCCAGUCUACCCAGACCGAUGCGGUGUUCUUACUUGAAAGUGUGAACGGCGCAUCGGAAAGCCCUGAGCGUGCGGGGUCUCAGUACCAGCAGGCUUUGGAGGAGAUAGAGAGGCUGAAGAAACAGUGCAGCGCUCUGCAGCACAUAAAAGCCGAGUGCAGCCAGUGCUCUGCCGGCGAGAGCAAGAGUGAGGUGGACGAGAUGGCCGUGCAGCUUGAUGACGUGUUCAGACAGCUGGACAAGUGCAUUGUGGAGAGGGACCAGUAUAAGAGUGAGGUUAAUUUAUUGGAAAUAGAGAAAUCACAUGUUCAUUCUCAGUGUGAAGAACUCAAAACUGAAAUUGAGCAGUUGAAAUCUACAAGUCAGCAGACAGGAGCCCAUGUUUCAACUUCAAGCAACGUGGAGGAAGCCGUCAAUUACACGGAUGGGGAAAGCCUCAAGCUUCGUUCUCUUCGAGUCAAUGUAGGGCAGCUGCUUGCUAUGAUUGUGCCUGACCUGGAUCUUCAGCAAGUCAACUAUGACGUUGAUGUAGUGGAUGAGAUUCUGGGGCAAGUGGUGGAGCAGAUGAGCGAGAUCAGCGGCACUUAAG